CCGGGUUUGGUAGCUCAGUACUUGGGGUUGGCGAGAUCUGAGGCGGUGGGGUCUUCUUGCUCCGGGUCCGCUGGGGUUGUUAAGGGUGCCGAGCUCCGCGAGUGCGGCCCCCAGAACGGCGAGUUCCUCCUGAGGGAGAAGGGAGCCGCGGGCGGCGGGUAGCAAAGGUGAAAACUGCACCGCCCAGGCUGCGGGGUACGACCCGGAGAGGGACCCGGCUGCCUGUAGGAGCGAAGGCCCAGCGUGUCCCCAGCCUGCGCGGUGCUGCUCACAAAAGCUUGUGGGCUAUGGAAACGCUUGUUCCUGGAGCUUCACCCGCAUUGUACCCCAGCGCUGAGCUUCAGGCACUUCCUUUGCCUGCAUAUUGAUUCCUUGAAAGUGUUUCUAAGGAUUUGGAAUCCUAAACCUGGCUGUGAUCAUUGUGAUGGAGCAAGGACAAGAAUUGUUGGUCUCAGAUUCUAAAGGCCUCAUGAAGAGGGAGAAUUUGAAAAGGUCCUUUACAGGAUAUGAAAGUGAGAAUAAUUUGGGAAUUGUUCAGCACAAUAAUCCUAAGGCAGAUAAGCUUAAAGACAGAGCUUCAAAAUGGUCUAAAAGACAUGGCCCACAAAAUUCUAAGCAUGAAGAUACAAAAGAAAUGCUGUUGACAUUAUCCCAAGAAGAUGGGAUUUUGGCUCAGAAUUCAUCUGAGAAUGAUGGCAAGUCAGAGAUUUGGGGAAAUUCUACAGGGAAAGAGGAGGAGAAGCCCAAUCAAGGUGUAGUGGACCUAGGACAACAUGCCAAUGCCUCUAUCCAGCAGGGGGGGAAACCCUACAAAUGUUCCCAGUGUUGGAAAAGCUUCAGUAGUAGUUCUCAUUUGCGUACUCAUCAGAGGACUCACUCAGGAGAAAAGCCUUAUAAAUGCUCUGAGUGUGGCAAAUGCUUUUGUAACAGUUCACACCUGAUUCAGCAUCUGAGAACACACACAGGGGAGAAGCCUUACCAGUGUGGCGAAUGUGAGAAAAGCUUCAGCAAUACCUCCCAUCUUAUUAUCCAUGAGAGAACUCACACAGGAGAGAAACCCUAUAAAUGCCCUGAGUGUGGGAAGAGUUUCAGUAGCAGUUCUCACCUUAUUCAGCAUCACAGGUCACAUACAGGGGAAAAACCAUACGAGUGUCCUGUCUGUGGAAAAGGCUUCAGCUAUAGUUAUGUUCUAAUAGAACAUCAGAGGACUCACACUGGAGAAAAGCCUUAUGAAUGUCCAGACUGUGGGAGCAGUUUUAGUCAGAGUUCCAGCCUGAUUCGCCACCAGCGGACACACACAGGUGAGAAGCCCUACAAAUGUCUUGAAUGUGGACGAAGCUUUGGUUAUAAUUCUACUCUAAUAAAGCAUCGGAGAAUCCAUACAGGAGAAAAAUCAUGUCACUGUGCAGACUGUGGAAAGAAUUUUAGUCGAAGUUCAAAUCUUAUAACUCACCAGGAGAGGCACACAGGAGAGAAAUGCUAUGGAGGUUCUAAAAAUGGAGAAAGUUUGCAUCAGAACUGCAGUAUGAUAGAAGAGUACAGAGGAGAGAAGCCAUAUAAAUGCUGUGAAUGUGGAAAGAGUUUUGGCCUUAGCACCCAUCUCAUUAGACAUCAGAGGACACAUACAGGAGAAAAGCCUUACAGAUGUUCUCUUUGCUGGAAGACUUUCAGUCAGAGUUCUGCCCUGGUGAUUCAUCGGAGGACCCACACAGGAGAGAAACCUUAUAAGUGUCCUGAUUGUGGUGAGUGCUUCAGUCAAAGCUUUAACCUUAAUAGGCACCGGAGGAUCCACAAAGGAGAAAAACCUUAUAAAUGUGCUGACUGUGAGAAAUGCUACACAAGAAGUGCCUACCUCACUCAGCAUCGGAAAAUUCACAUAGAAAAGUCUUUUGAGUCUCCUAAAGUGGUGGAUUUUCCUCAUGAACUGACUUGGAAAAGCUGUUAGGGGAAAUGGCCUACUUCCAUUCACUUUCAGUCUCAAAUCCACCUUCCUGACUCCCUGAAAUUGCUUAGUUUUGUUUGGUUUUGUUUUCCAUUACUGAACCAUUACAGUUAAGGUCCAUCAAACAUCUGUAGUAAUUGUGAUCUAAAGUUUAUUUGGUAUAAAAAGUCAACCUUUCAGGCCACCAGACUAUCAGAUCUGUCCAGUGAGAGACACCGAUAAUAAUGAAAGUAAAGGAGAUUUUUUUUUUUUUUUGAAACUUAGAAAUAGCUUCAAAGGAAAAUACAAAGAGUAACCCUAGGAGUAAGCAAAAGGCCAUGUGAGAACUUGAAGCUAGGAGUGCCAAUGAAUUACCUUAUUUUUUACCUCACUGAGUGAUGAUAAUUACUAGCUUCAAGUCUUUGCCCAGUGAAAUAGUCUUUUUGAACAAAUAAUGUUAUUUUGUGUCUGUUUUAUUAAAUUUUAAGAGUGAUUUUUUGCAUGUGUUUUUAUUUUCUAAAAAUUGAACUGUACUGUCCACUAUUGCAGCCUUUAGCCAUCUUUAGCUAUUUAAGCAUAUUAGUAAUUAACAUUUAAUGAAAUUUAAAAUAGUUACUUAGUUGCACUAGCCACCUACUAAGUACUCAGCCACAUGUGACUAGAGGCUACUAUACUGGACAUCAUAGAAAGUUCUUUCAAGAGCAUUGCUCUUAACAGACUCAUAUUUUUAUUAAGAGUAGGAAUAUGCUCUAGUGUUUUUUGUUUUCCAAAAGAAAGUGCAAUUGAAUAGAAAUGAGAUUGAGUUUCUAAAGCACUAAGUCAAGAGAUUGGGUAUUUCAGCAAUUGUAUGUUUAUGUUAAAUCAAUCAUAUUAUCUAGUGAUGAUCUCAUUGUCUUGACCAAAGCCAGAAUAGUACGUAGGAUCUUGCAAUUGGUUCUUUGAUUUUUUGACAUCUUUCUGUAAGUUUUCUAAAGCCUAGUCAUAUCAGAAACUGGGUUUUUUUUUUUUUUUGUAAUUAACCCACCCACUCUGAGCCAGUGUUCAAGGACAAUUUGCUUUUGAACAGCAGGAUUCCUUAGCUCUAGGAUUUCCAGUUUUCCUCUGCUUUUGAUGUCUUUGGUCUGUGGAUCUGUUGAGACAUCAUCCUCUGUUCUAUGGGAAUGGUCUUUGGAAAGUGUUAGAUAUAUCCUAGUCCUCCUCUCCCAUUUUUUCCUACUAGUGCAAAAGGUAUAUGUAUAGGAAGGUCAGGACUCUGCAUUGCCCAGAAUUUCAUCAGUAUUGAAAAUUAUGUUUUUUUCUACCCUUGUAUGUUAUAAAGAAUAUGUGGAGAUGGAUAUUAGGAAUUGAGGGCCAGGCAGGACCAGUUGUGGCUGCUAUGAAGGCAGUAGUUGGUGGGUAAUGGAUUUGCAUGAGUAUUAUUUACUUCCUGGUUGUGGUACUCUAGAUACUGGUGAGGCAGUUGUGUCUUUUUGUAUUGUUAAAUGAUUGAAAAAUAAAGCAAAACUAGCAAAUAUUUAAGUAGUUGGGAGUAAUUUUCUGCUUUCAGAAAAGCGAAUACAUUUUUGGGCAUCAUUGGCUUUUAUGCAGCUGUCACCCAUGUGUCUUUUUACUUUUCUAUAUUAUCUCAAGUUAUCCUAGAUUGUAAUAUCUCAGGAUGAGUUUUUACGGUAUUUUUUUCUUAUCACAGACAGCUAAGUGUUCAGUUAAUGUUUGAUAAAUAAAUUAUUGGUUUGCUUUUGAGGCUGAGAUUCAAUUGCAAGGCAACAGCUAUGGGAUUUUGGUAAAUCAUCAGUGGAAUAAUCUAUGGCAUGUAAACCACUGAGGCUCAGUUCCUUUAUCUAUAAAAUUAAGAUAAUGAUUGCCUUCCAAGGUUGCUGUAAGGAUUAAAUAAAUGUUUGCAAAGCUGCUAACGCAGUAUUUAAAAUAUAAGAGGUUCUCAGAGGUAAUGGUGUUAAGUGCAACAAAUUAAAAAAUGCCAUCCAUGUAUUUUAAGUAUAAAAAUAGCAAUACAACUCCAAACUUGUUCUACUUGGAGAUUGUGAUCCAUCUUAGGACAAGACUAUCUUGUAUUUUAAGGUUGUAGACUAUAAAAAACAUUCUUAUUUACUAUACGUGUAAGAAGCUAAUAACAGCAGGAGGUAUUACUGGAUUUUUUUUGUUGUUGUUUUUUGUGAAACAAAGGAUUUGGUCUUAGCAAAGAGUAGGGUUGGAGAUUUAGCUCAGUGGUUCCUCCGCCUGCUUCACAAGCACAAGGUCCCGAGUUCAAUCCCCAGUACCAAAAAAUAAAUAAAUAAAUAAAUAAAAGGAAAGAGCAAAACAGCAAGUGCAAAUCUAAAUGUAUUUGCAGAAGAGAUUAAUAACAGGAACAUAUAUGUCCUAUCAUUAACUGCCUGCAUUAUCUUUUAUAACUACUGACAAUUAUAUAAAACCUAUUUCACACCCUUGACAUGAACAAGAAUAUAAAUUUCACGUUUUUGUAUAGAUGAAGACAGGCUUUGUUAAUGUAAUUUGGCUAGAAUCCUUUGGAUAGAAAAUGAAGAAAACAGAAAAGAACAUUGUUCCCUUUGAUGAAGAACAUAACAUAGUCAAAUUUAGUCCUAUUGGUGCUUUUGCCUCAGUUUUAUCAGCAAGAAGGCUCUUUGUUUAGCUUUAUGAGAAGUAAAUAUUUGUGUUUGUGUUUUGUGUUUCUCUUGGUGACACAAGGGAUUCCAUGGACCAUGAAUAAAGAAAGCAUCCUUAUUUAUAAAUGAAUAUUAUUUUUCAUCAUUUAGUCUAUG